UUCCCGAUGGUAUGUUUGUAUAUAUAAAGUAGAUUUUCAAAUAGUAUUUCAUCUUUGCUGGAAUAUGGAUUUAUUUAUCUUGCGUUUUGUCGUUGUGGCCCUAGUCUACAAAAAUGUGGGAGGUCAAUCAGUGGCCAUAUGCAAUGGAAUUCAAGAUAUAAUUCACUUAACGAGCUCCUACAAAACUAAAACAAUGGCUGACUUAGUUAAAAACUUAAAUGAUAUUUAUAAAGACAUACUCGGAGAGAGUAAAACUGACGACACGUUGACCUCUGUAGAAAAGAGGUCACUUAAAGCAAUUCUUAAAAGUCUAAAGCCUAUGCCAAAGCAGAUAAAACUUAUCCAAAAGGGAAUAGCGGCAACGAGUUCAGGCUCACCCCGCAUCAAAUCAAAGUACAUAGAAUUGGACCAAAAUAAUUACAUCAGAAUAUUAGGAGACAAUCUAAUGAGACAAGCCGAUGACUAUUUGGUCUCGUUUGAUUCACUAACAUGGGAACAAAAAAGAUCGCAAAUUGAUACUUUGUCCUCACUUGGUAAAAGAUGGGGUAAAGAUAUAGCCAGUGCACUAAAAAAACGUGUUGAUGGUUCGGAAAAGACGACAUUGACCUCUCUAAAUAAGAUUUUUAAGCCUUUUAAUAAACAACUGCUUAAAGUGUCUAAGGUAUUUUCUAAAAUAGAAUCGAUGUUAAAGUCACUUCUGAAGAAAGCAAAUGAUUUCAAAGACGGUUAUGAAUGUGAAAACGCAGUCAUAGAUACCACUACUGUACAACCAACCACUCGUCGAACUACUAGAAGACCAACGACGCGAAGACCUACCACACCAAGACGGGCAACACCGAGACCAACGACGACGAGGCGGACAACACCAAGACGAACAACACCGAGACCAACGACGACGAGGCGAACGACACUGCCACCAACAGCAACAACAAAACAAGGACCACUAGAAUGUCCAACUAAUUUUGAUCCAGUUUGUAGUGAAACUGCAAAUGGCGUUCAGUGCUCCUGCCGUUGCGCAUCAUGUGAACUCGAAGAUUCUGCAGAAUGCCGAGUAUGGGGUGCUUCUCACUAUAUAACAUUCGAUGGCCACAUUUACGAUGUCCAGACUGGCUGCUACCAACGUUUAGCUUAUUUUUACUUUAAUGACCAAAUCAAUUCCAUCUUCGAAGUCAUUGCUCACAUUUCAACAGGGGACGAUGAGUUGGCAGGAGAGCCGGAAUGGCCUGGUUAUGUUUCCUAUAUACAAAGGGUGGAAUUUCAAUUGGGUGAAUAUGAGUACGAGAUAGAAAGAGACAGAAGAGUCUCUGAUUCGUCCGGAGAAUAUUUAACACUUCCUUACUACGAAGAGAAUGAAUUUGUUCCUGGUGAAGGACCUUGGACGAUAAGCUUUGAAGAAAAGGAUGAAACAGUCAUAAUAACCGUAUUGCCCGUUGGCCUUCAACUGUCGUUUAACGGAAGGGGUACAGGUAGAGUUCAUAUUAAGAUUCCUCGGAGCUUCAAAAGCUCGAAAGAUGUGGAUGGAAUGUGCGGAAACUUUAACGGUGAUCCCGACGAUGACUUCUGGGAAGAUAUAAGGGAUUAUGUUAACCCAGGAAGAAUAUUUGCAAUGAUCCAUGGUGGUUGUGGUGUUUUGUUAGCUGAUAAAGAGGAAGAUUGGAACGAUGACUGCGACUGUCCGGGAACAGACAAUUGGGAUAUCCCUUGGAAUAAUCCAGAUCAUAAAUUCGACGCUGGUGCUUUUAUGACAGCGCGGAUGGCAUGUAACCUGUACGACCUAUGCUUUGGUAAAAGAAUCGACCACAAACAAUUCAAAACAAGAAGUUGUGUUAUGGAUAUAUACAGUGCACCGACGGUAGAUACAAAAUGCGAAGCAAGGGCUGAUGUUGCAAAGGCGUGUGGAAAAACAAUGAAGCAUUGUCAUAUAGAAGGAAGCUGUAUCGGUAGCAUAUGUUAUAAUGGAGGCUGGCACAAAAGAUAUUACAAUGGCAAGAAAACAGUAUGCGGAUGCAGUUGUGCGCCUGGAUAUACUGGAAGCGAUUGUUCCAGAAAGAAGGGUGAGAACGAAGAUAUGGUGAUGUGUCGAGGAUGGGGAGACGUUCAUUAUAUAACAUUCGACAAGAGGAAAUACGACAUGCAGGGUGACUGUAAAUACUAUCUCGUAAAGCCCACUACAAAAAUGCUGAAAAGUGAGCUAAAAUUUAGCAUCCAGGCCAAAAACAAAAAAUCACACGUUGGUGCGACAGUUUCUACCACCGAUUAUGUUGAGCUUCACUUGACUAAAGACGUCUUCAGAAUCGGCCAGGGUAAAAUUGUAACGUGGAACGGGAAAAGGUUAAACCUGGAUAGGCCAAUUCAGUUGACAGACUACUACACAUAUCACUUGGUACGGAUUGAGGAAGUGAAGGCGUGUCUUUACGGCGGAUGUGAUCGACCCUCAGACUUAUAUAAAGAUUUCAUUGAGAUCAGCGUCCCAACAUUGAGACUACGUCUAAUUUUUGACGGCGACCAAGAGGUUCAAGUUCAUUUAGACAGUGAAGCGUGGGGUGGGGAACUAGAAGGACUGUGUCAGAAUCUUAAUGCAGAUAGACACGAUGAUCUAACGACAUGUGGUUUCAGGAAGAAAGAUGUAUCUAACCUACCUAAUUAUGGCACAUUGAUAGGAAACAGUUGUCAAGUCGCUAAUCACAGAUGUAAAGCAGAGACAAAUAGUGACACGCCUCCAAUACCAGAUAACACAUUAGUGGCUAAAGCCAGCGAUCAGUGUAAUGCAGCAUGUGACCAAGGUCAAGAUCCACCAUGUUUUGGAGAAGUUUGCAGUGCAGAAACAGAUCAGAGAGACAUGAUUAUAGAGUCAUGUAUAGUUGACUAUUAUCACAUGAUAGAUGAUAGAUGUACAGUUCUUGGCCAGGUGGCGGCCAAAUGUGGAGUACCAAAAGCAGCGUUUCAAUGCGACUCGGUGGAAGAGACUUGUCUCAAUGGGAUAUAUGACGAACUACCAGAUGGUACACGGUAUUGUAGAUGUAAAACUGGUUUCAAUGGAGCCGGAUGUUCACUACGGGAUGAGUGUGGCUGUGGCGAUGGGGGAGUGUGUAAUUGUGAAGCAGACACAUGUAAAUGCGAAUGCCAUCCAUUGUUUACAGGCCAAAAUUGUGAUACAAGAAAAGAGCUUCCAUCCACUCCAUAUGAUACUUCUAGAAAUAUUGGUGGACGAUGGUGCACAAUAGUAGGUGACCCGUAUUACCAAACAUUCGAUGGCGCAGAGUUUAAUUUUCAAGGUCACUGCCUGUACAGCAUGUCAGAGGAAGUUGUUCCCGAAGGAUUGGAUCCUUUGUUCACUAUAUCAGUUCGUAAUGCGAUAAGAGGAUUUGGCGGAAUUGAAGGAGUUUCAUGGCCAUCAUAUUAUAUAUUGUGAUACGAAUCUUAAACAAGGUCGACAUAUUUAUUGGACAAAUGGGCAUUGUUACUGUUGAUGAUUCUAUUGAUGUUCGGAUAGUUGACAUUGUAAACCAAGAAAUUACGCGGAUAACUCAGAUUACAAAUUUGCCAAAGACAAUAUUAAUAGGGACCAUACAAGGAACGAACACAGCCGUCACUGCUGAAAUAGCUCAUGAGAAUUAUCGCAGUGUUACUGUAGAAAUAGUUCCGAUGGCAAUAAAAAUACAGUUUAAAUCUGCCUUUGAAGCAAGAAUAUACCUAGAUGAAUAUUGGAAAGGGAAAGUCAAGGGUAUGUGUGGCAACUACAAUGGUGUUGUUGAUGACGAUUACGUUACCAAGAAAGGCACCAGGGUUAAAACCAAAGACAACAAAGGAACAUUGAUUGGUACAAGCUGGAAGAAUACUGAGUCACUACCAUUAUAUGAUGAAGAUUCUGAUGCUUGUAUAGAUAACAAUUUGCCAGAUUUGCCAAGACUUGAUGAGAUCAACAAAGCGUUGUUUGAUGAAGCAUCAGCCCAUUGUAGAGCCCUAUGUCCGAACAUAUUGGAGUUCAGAUAUAGCGCAUGUGUUGCCGGUUAUUUCAACACUCAGAAUGACAAAAGGAUGCAGUGCGAAGUAUUGCUGAAUGCGCUCGACACUACGCCAUGUUCGAACAUUCCAGAAGAAUGUGAAAAAUAUGCGCGAGUAUACAGAAAAUAA